AAGAGUUUACAGAAAAGAGGAGACCCAAGUUCUGAGAGAAGGAAGCUGGCGCCGCCAUAGGCCCACUACCUCUCGUGGAGAGAUCAUCCCAGCUACCCUUCACCUCGGCCUGCCCCGCCCUGGCAAACACCACAAGCAAUGAUGAAAAGUGCCUGCUUUCGCCCAAGAACCACUUGUGGUCUCCCUCCCUCAGCGCACCACUUGGGCAGGCCUCUCAGCAACUUCUCAGAAUAUAAGUGACUUCAGUUUCUCCACCACAAGUGAAUGAGAAGCAAAGAGCUGCUUCUUCCUCUUGGUUUCCGGGGCCUGCCCUGGAAUCAGCCUUGUGGCAGUCAGAAGACCAAGCUCCUUCCACCUGGAGGAGCUGAGGGCAGCCGCGGAGGUGCAGCAGAGCGACCCUCAGCAAGGCCGCCGGCUCCCCGCGCCAGCCAUGUCCUGGCAGUUCCCUGCGGUCGUGGUGCUCUUCGUGUCCCUGGCCGUAGUUUUGCACUAUAGCAGCCAACUGAGAGAGAAAGCGUUUCCGGAAGGCAGCGAUGAUCUCCAGCCCACUGCACCAGCCACCGCGCAGGCCAGGCCUUCUCCCCCGCAACCCACCAGCCAAGCGCCUCACAAAACGUUAACAGCAAGCUUGACAGACGGCCGCACCGCCUCUCAAACAGCUGCCACCACUUCCAAGUCUGACAGCCCAACAACCCACACAAUGAUAAAAACUCCCGCGACAACGGCAUCAGUCACUACAGAAAGUCUCCCGCCCACCAGCCCAAUAACUCACACCCUGGUCACAACCCAGGCCACAUCCAGCAUCUCACAAUCGGCUCCUCCAGUUACUGAAGCUACAAUUGGCCCCAGUGCAGCUCCUCACUCACGGUCACCCCCAGUCACCCCACCAGCCCAUACAACCCUAACCCGUCCCUCAACUCUCAGCCACACAGCUGAGAAAACCAACCAACCCAGUAACCAGACUUCCCAUCCAGCAACGUUGCCCACUGCACCAGGCAACAGCACAACCAGUCAGACGCCCUCACAACCCACCCACGCCCCAGGAACAACCACAGCCACACACAAUCUCACCCAGACAGCACCACCAGCCCCCCCUGGGCCCACCCUUGCACCACAGCCAUCGUCAGCCAAGAUUGGAAUUUAUCAAGUUCUGAAUGGAAGCAGGCUGUGUAUAAAAGCAGAGCUGGGGAUAGAGCUGAUCGUUCAAGAUGAGGAGUCGGUUUUUUCACCACAAAGAUACUUCAACAUCAACCCCAACGCGACCCAAGCCUCUGGGAACUGUGGCCCCCGAAAAUCCAACCUCCUUUUGAAUUUCCAAGGUGGCUUUGUGAAUUUCACAUUUACCAAGGAGGAAAACUCAUAUUCUAUCAGUGAAGUGGGAGCAUAUCUGACUGACUCAAAUCCAGAGAGAAUUUAUCAAGGAAAGAAAAGCGCCAUGGUGUGGUUUGAGACGAUGGUCGGGCAUUCCUUCAAGUGCGUGAGUGAGCAGAGCAUCAAGCUGUCACCUCACCUUCAACUGAAAACAGUGAAUGUCCAACUUCAAGCCUUUGAUUUUGAAGGAGACCGCUUUGGAAAUGUGGACGAGUGUACCUCUGACUACACAGUCGUGCUUCCGGUGAUUGGGGCCAUUGUACUGGGUCUCUGCGCUGUGGGUCUGAUUGUCUAUGGAGUCCGCCUGAGGCAAGAAUCACCUGGAUACCAGAGGCUCUGACUGGUGCCCGAGGAACAGAAAUAAUGGCAUUUAGAGAAUUCUUUAAUCAUCCCAGAUGCUGGGGGCUUCCCUCACAGUGUGGGUUCUUCCAAGAACGUAGACCACCCUCCUCCACAAAUACAGAGCCAUUCUGAUUUACUUUCGAGCAGCACAUCGAUUUCUCAACUCUUUUGUUCAUGCUAUGAAAGAUUUAGUGAGCUGUUUAAGGGUAUUUUCCAGUUUCCUUCAGAAUAUUCUAACCACUCAAAACGGUUUAAGAUAUAUUAAUUAGCAUAAUGUGUGUAACGUGGCACAUGCCUUCAGAUUAUGGACCAAAAUGUCAGUUGUCAUUAAUGCUACCUGUGUUUGCAUUGGGGAUUUUAUUUUACCUUUGACUGUUUUCAUUUUAGAGUAUGCCAUCUGCUUUGUCUACAAAACACACUUUCAGUGGUUUGAUUAUCUGUUUUAUGUGAUAUCCAUCUGCCUGGUGAUGUACUUACCUCCUUGUCCGCUUUAAGUGUUUUUUUAAAAAUCAUCAAAAAAAAACACAA